GCGAUGAGGAAUACGCCAGUCCUCAUAGCAAUACUGUGGCCUCCCGUUUGUCCUACAAAGAAGCAAUGAACACACCUUUGUCAACGACGGUUGGAGACACUAAUGCAGCAAAUGGGUUUAUGGAAAUGCCCGCAUCCUCAACAUGUAUUGAAGGGGUUUCACCCAUGGCCAUGUACAACGAGGAGCGCAUGAGACGGAAGUUGCAAUUUUUCUUUAUGAAUCCCAUAGAGAAGUGGCAAGCAAGAAGAAAAUUUCCCUAUAAAUUCGUUGUGCAGAUCGUAAAAAUUAUUCUGGUAACAAUGCAAUUGUGUCUGUUUGCGCAUUCGCGCUAUAAUCACAUAAAUUACACAUGGGACAAUCGUAUUGCUUUCUCUCAUCUGUUCCUGAGGGGUUGGGACUCCUCCAGAGAAGUCGAAUCGUACCCUCCAUCUGUUGGCCCAUUUGCCCUUUAUGAGAAAAGCGAGUUUUUUGAAACAAUUGACUAUGCGAUUAACGGGUACGCCACUAUGAAUCGAUCUAUUGGGCCCUAUGACUAUCCGACGAAGGAUAACCGCAUGGCUCCAAUGAAAUUGUGCCUUUACAAUUAUCGCGAUGGGAUAAUUUUUGGAUUUAAUGAAUCCUACAUAUUUAAUCCGGAAAUAGAACUGGUGUGCGAGUCAAUUCCUCCGAAUGUCACAGCGAUAGGCGUGCAAAAAUAUCUGGAACAAAGGGGUGUUGAUGUCAGUUUCUCUUCGCUAGUCAAGGCCACCUUGGUCUUUGCAAUAAAGACAGUUAAUUUUAAGGCUUACGGCGGCCCACUUUCUGCACCAGAUUGUUUCAAAUUUGAUAUAACGAUGUUCUUUGACAAUCGUGAUCACGAUGGCCAAAUGCUCUUGUCACUGGAUGCAGAUGCAACGCGUCUUCACUGCAAAGGAGAUGUAGACUUCAUAUCCGACGCCGAAUACGAUGCCAUACUUAGGAGUAUACUGAACAUAUUUGUACUGUUGGUUUGCAUGCUGUCAUUUGCACUGUGUGCCCGAGCACUGUACAGGGCCUAUCUUUUGCGUUGCCAAACGGUUAACUUUUUCCGAGCUCAUUUCAACAAGGAACUGAGCUUUGAUGGUCGACUUGAAUUUGUUAACUUUUGGUAUAUUAUGAUUAUCUUCAACGAUGUAUUGCUGAUUUUGGGAUCUGCAUUGAAGGAACAAAUCGAAAGAAAGUUUUUGGUCGCAGAUCAAUGGGACACAUGUUCGCUAUUUUUAGGCAUUGGCAAUCUACUUGUGUGGUUUGGCGUGCUACGUUACUUAGGAUUCUUCAAAACCUACAACGUUGUUAUACUGACGCUAAAGAAAGCUGCUCCCAAAAUAUUCCGCUUCCUUGUAGCCGCCUUACUUAUCUACGCUGGCUUUGCAUUUUGCGGGUGGUUGAUACUUGGGCCCUAUCACAUGAAAUUUAGAUCAUUGGCUACUACAUCCGAAUGCCUCUUUUCCUUAAUAAACGGCGAUGAUAUGUUCGCAACAUUUGCCACGCUUUCGUCUAAAGCCAGUUGGUUAUGGUGGUUCUGUCAGAUAUAUCUGUAUUCGUUUAUAUCACUUUACAUCUAUGUAGUUCUAUCCCUAUUCAUAUCAGUCAUUAUGGAUGCUUACGACACUAUUAAACGCUACUAUCGUGAUGGCUUUCCACUGUCCGACCUGAAGGAGUUUGUCGGAACACGUACCGAAGAGGAUCUCACUUCCGGCGUCUUUAUGAAUAACAUGGAUGAUUUCGAGCAAAGCAGCUUUAUGGACGUUAUUCGUAACGUUUUCUGUUUUGGUUGCUGCAGAAAUGCCAAUGCAUCUUCCACCUCCGGCCCUACAGGUUACACAAGCCUGACAAGUAUUAUUAAAUAA